AAAAAAAUGCGAAGGAGAAAGCCGGAAGUAUUGAAGGAGGAUACAAAGCUGGAAGUGGAACACAAGGAUGGUUUCUGAAGCUUUGCCUGAGAGCGUCUGCUUCCCUGUCUCUCUGUGACCAAACAGAGAGGGAAGGGCCGGGGAAGGGGACGUGACCAGUGUCCUGCAUUUUGGAUCUUGCGGCACAGUCCUGUAAACCCCCCCUGUUUAACUCCGUCUCUCUGUCAGCAUGGAGAUCGUUGUGGCCAAAGUGCUCUGCCUGCUGGGCGUUUUCGCUCUCAUGCUCGCCGGAGUUCUCGUCCCAGUGCGGGUGCUGCAGGUGGAUUACGAGAAGGCGCAGCGCUACAGGAAGAUUUUGGCGCUCUGCAAUUCUUUUGGUGGCGGCGUUUUUCUGGCAACAUGCUUCAAUGCCCUUCUGCCUGCUGUUAGAGAGAAGGUGGCUGAAGUGCUGAAGCUGAUCCAAGUUCAGACCGACUACCCGCUAGCGGAAACUAUGAUGAUGCUGGGGUUUUUCUUGACGGUGUUUGUGGAGCAAGCAGUGCUGACCUUCCGCAAGGAGAAGCCGUCGUUCAUCGACCUGGAGACUUUCAAUGCAGGCGGCUCCGAGGCUGGCAGUGACUCCGAGUAUGACACUCCAUUCAUUGCUCCACCCAGGAGCUCUGCAGGAGGUCACCACAGCUCCCACCACCAUGGACAUUUAAGCCCUUCUGAGCUGGCAGGCGCAGGUCCGCUGCGACUUGCCAGCCUGGUCUUGGCAUUGUCUGCACACUCUGUCUUUGAGGGGCUGGCAUUGGGCCUACAGGAGGACGGACUCAAGCUGGGAAGACUCUUCCUGGGCGUUGCCGUUCAUGAGACUUUGGCAGCUGUGGCGCUCGGGGUAAGCGUGGCCAAAGCCAGCCUGCCCAUGCGGGAUGCUAGCAAACUGGCCAUCACCGUGAGCCUCAUGAUCCCACUGGGGAUUGGACUGGGUAUGGGCAUUGAGAGUGCCCAGAACCUGGCAGGCACCAUUGCCUCUGUGGUACUUCAAGGUUUGGCUGGUGGCACCUUUCUCUUUGUUACUUUCUUUGAGAUACUCUCUCGUGAGCUUGAGGAGAAGCAUGAUCGACUGCUUAAGGUCCUUUUCCUCAUAUUGGGAUAUGGCGUGCUGGCUGGUCUUGUCUUCAUCAAGUGGUGAUCUGCAGGGAACUGAGGACCUUUGGCACAAUUAUAGCUACAGGUAGCUGUUAUGGCUCUUAGUUCACCAGCAGUUUUGAAGUUUGACAGUGAUCCAGUAAGGAAACCCCAAGUUCCAUCUGCAACCUCCUUACCUGGACUUUAUCUGGAUUCUGAA